CCAUCCCUCUUCACAAACAAAAGAAUCCAAUUAAUUAGAGAAGAAGUUCAUUAACAAACACGCCCCUUGUAAAUCCCUUUCCUCGAUAGUGAUAUUCGAUAGCGCCUACAGUGAUCGAUGGCACCCGAGCUCAUCCCGACUGCUGUGAAGCCAGCCAUGCUGCCCACUAGGCCCGUGGGACGAGCAUACGUGACAUUCUUGGCGGGGAACGGUGACUACGUGAAGGGUGUGGUGGGGCUCAGUAAGGGGCUGAGGAAGGUCGGGUCAGUGUACCCGCUCGUGGUGGCGGUGCUCCCCGACGUGCCCGAGGAGCACCGGAGGGAGCUCGAGGGGCAGGGGUGCAUCGUCCGGGAGAUCGAGCCGGUGUACCCGCCCGAGAACCAGACCCAGUUUGCCAUGGCUUACUACGUCAUCAACUACUCGAAGCUUCGUAUUUGGGAGUUUGUGGAGUAUAGCAAGAUGAUAUACCUCGAUGGAGACAUCCAAGUGUACGACAACAUCGACCACCUAUUCGACCUGCCGGACGGUCACUUCUAUGCCACGAUGGACUGCUUCUGCGAGAAGACGUGGUCCCACACCCCUCAGUACAAGAUCGGGUAUUGCCAGCAGUGCCCCGACAAGGUCCGGUGGCCCGAGGUGCUGGGAACCCAGCCAGCUCUGUACUUCAAUGCUGGGAUGUUCGUGUUCGAACCAAGCCUUGAGACCUAUGAGGACCUGCUCAGGACCCUCAAGGUCACUCCGCCAACCCCAUUUGCCGAGCAGGAAUUCCUCAACAUGUACUUCAGGGACAUAUACAAGCCCAUCCAGCUGGUGUAUAACCUUGUCCUAGCGAUGCUGUGGCGCCACCCUGAGAAUGUCGAGCUCGACAAGGUUAAGGUUGUUCACUACUGUGCGGCAGGCUCGAAGCCGUGGAGGUACACAGGUAAGGAGGAGAAUAUGCAGAGGGAGGACAUCAAGAUGCUGGUGAAGAAGUGGUGGGAUAUCUACAACGAUGAGUCGUUGGACUACAAGAACAAGACACUCAUGGCUACCGAGGCCGAGGCGGAGCCGGUGAACACACAGCCCUUGGUAGUGGCGCUCUCUGAAGCCGGAAAGGUCCAGUACGUGAUGGCCCCUUCAGCAGCCUAAUCCUUGGAGGGUUGAUCGAUCACUUGCAGCUUGUGCCGCUAAGAUGAUUAGGAGAUAUGAGAUAUGAAUAGCGAAACGUAGAAAAGGAAAGUGUAUAUCCUUGAUCGAUUAGAUCGACGUCAUCUAUGGGCUCGGGUCCUCCAAGAGAGGGAGCCUUCUUUUUAUUUUGUAUUUGCUCUUCUUUGGAAGCUUGAUGUAAUUUUGGUAAUCUUAUUUUGAGCAAUUUCCUCUAUGCUAAUUAAUGUGUCAUUGAUAAAGGGGUAGUGUAGUGACUAACAUUCUCACCUGGUAACCUAGAGGUUCCAGAUUCGAUUCUCAUCAAUGGAACUACUUGUGCCUCUUUAUUU